AUGCGUGCCUCCAUCAUCGUCGCCACUCUGUCUGCCCUGGCCAUGGGCGCCAUCGCUGAGACCACCAGCGUGAGUAGCGAGGGCAACCCGGCCACUCAGUACUUGACUGAGACCAACUCCAAUGGCGUGGUCACCGGCCAGCCCAGCGUCGUCACCAGCCAGCCGACUGUGGUGACCUCCCAGCCGGCCGUCGUCACCAUCCCCGCUGGUUUGACCUCGGGUGUCCUCCCCAGCAGCAGUUCCACCCACAGCGGCUUCUCUUCCUCGGCCAAGACCAGCUCUGGCAAGACCACCUCGACUGAGACUAGCACCUCCACGGGCACCUCGUCCUCCUCGUCGAGCACUGACUCCUCUUCCAGCUCGGCCACUAGCUCCAGCUCCACUGGAGGUGCCGCUAUCGCGACUGCCGGCCCUGCUGCCCUGGCUGGUCUCGCUGCCCUGGCUGUUUUCGCCCUGUAA